CCCAUUAUCCCCGCAUAUUCUUUUGUGCAAACCAUAUGCGGUGUUGACUUUUGACUUCACAAAUGAAUAGGAACCUUCUAAAGCACAGAGAAAACUCUUUGAAACUUGAACAGCUUGCAACAUCUUUUUCCUUGCUGCCCAAGUUUCCCACUCUUCCAACUCAUUAUAAAACUCCUCUCCCCCCUCAGCUUUCUCCACCUCCCAACUCCAGCUCAACCAAUUGAAGUCAAAAGGAGUUGACCACAAUGUUUAGCCUCAAAGAUGCACCCACAACAGCAUCCACUCUCUUCUCAGCCUACGCGUCCUUUGCAGCCUCCAUGAUGCUGGUCCGUUCCAUGGCAGACCAGCUCAUCCCCCGCCAGCUCCACUCCUACAUCUACUCAAGCCUCAGCUACCUUUUUACCCCUCUCUCCCCCCACCUCACUCUCAUUAUCGACGAGCACUCCGGCAUGACGCGCAACCAAGUCUAUGACGCUGCCGAGCUCUACCUCCGGACCAAGAUCAGUCCGUUGACCGAACGUCUUCGGGUCAGCAAAACCCCUCGAAAGAAGACCAUCAGCAUUUCCAUUGACCAAGGCCAACAAGUCAACGACACAUUUGACAACGUUAAACUAACAUGGCGUUACGUCUGCUCCUCCGAUCAACGGUCCGAAUCCCAAAACCACAGCCUCCGCAGUCACAACAACAACAACAACCAGUCUAGCGAAAAGCGUUGCUUUGAGCUAACAUUCCACAAGAAACACAAAGACAAAGUGGUUGACUUUUACUUGCCUCAUGUGUUUGCUCAGGCCAAUGCAAUCAAACAGAAAGAAAAAGUCGUGAAACUUUACACCCGAGAUCCAUGCUUGGGUGAUGACGAGAACGGCAUGGGUUCGAGCAUUUGGGGUUCUGUAAAUCUGGAGCACCCAGCUACAUUUGAGACGAUGGCCAUGGAGCCGGAGCUUAAGAGAGCCAUUGUAGAGGACAUGGACAGGUUUGUGAAGAGGAGGGAGUUUUAUAAGAAAGUGGGCAAGGCUUGGAAAAGAGGCUACUUGUUGUAUGGCCCUCCUGGCACUGGAAAAUCGAGCUUGAUUGCGGCCAUGGCUAAUUAUCUCAAGUUUGAUGUGUAUGAUUUGGAGCUCACCAGUAUUCACAGCAACUAUGAUCUGAGGAGGAUAUUGCUGUCCACUACCAACCGUUCGAUUUUGGUGAUUGAGGACAUUGAUUGCAGUCUGGAAAUGCACGACCGGCAGUUCGAUGAGCAGCAGCAUUUUGUGCAUCAACAACAAUCUAACAACAGGUUGACUCUCUCAGGCCUACUGAAUUUUAUAGAUGGUUUGUGGUCAAGCUGUGGUGAUGAGAGAAUCAUUGUGUUCACCACAAACCACAAGGAUAGACUUGACCCAGCUUUGCUGCGUCCUGGUCGAAUGGACAUCCACAUUCACAUGUCCUAUUGCACCACAAGUGGGUUCAGGAUCUUGGGCUCUAACUACCUUGGCUUCCAUGGCGACAACCACCAUCAUCGGCUUUGGGGAGAGAUUGAAGGGUUGAUAGAGAGCGCAAAGGUCACCCCAGCAGAGGUUGCCGAGGAGCUCAUGAAGAGUGAUGAUGUUGAUGUUGAUGUUGCUCUUGACAGACUUGCUAAUUUCCUCAAACAUAAUAAGGUCGAGAACGAUGAAACAGAGGAAGAGGCUAAUAAGAUUGAAAAUCAAGAAGCAAAGAGGCAAAAAAUGGACGACCACAAUGUAAACAAAAUUGGUGGGGGAGGAUUUGGAAGAGGAAAAGGAAGACCAAUGCAACAAUGAGUUGUUAAAAAUGUAAAAUGAAAAACAUAAAUAAUACAUAUGCCCCAACGGCAAAAGUCUCGUAAGUUUUUCA